AUGUCUGCUGUUAGCCUGCAGGAGCAAGCGGAAGCGGCGGAUCGAGCUCAGAUGCUCAAGAAGAUCCUGAGUGCGACAUUCUAUGCAUUAGCAUCGUUUAUGAUCACAGUGGUAAACAAGACAGUGUUGACGACCUAUGGAUUCCCCUCAUAUCAAGUUCUGGGCCUGGGACAGAUGGUGGCGACGAUUACGGUGUUAUUUUUCGGUCGAUUUCUCAAUGUAGUGCAAUUCCCGCCUCUUAACGGAGGUACCUUUAAACGAAUCUGGCCUUUGCCAGUCAUCUACUUGGGAAACAUGGCUACCGGGCUGGGCGGCACCAAGGAGCUGAGCCUGCCGAUGUUCACGGCCCUUCGACGCUUCAGUAUACUAAUGACAAUGCUAGCUGAGCGAUUCGUACUGGGAGUACAUGCCUCUUGCUCAGUUCAAACCAGUGUGUAUGCCAUGGUGGGAGGAGCUCUGCUUGCGGCCGCCGACGAUGUCACAUUCUCAUGGUCUGGAUACACACUAGUACUGCUCAAUGAUGCUUUCACUGCUUCCAAUGGAGUGUACAUGAAGAAGAAGUUGGAUGCCAAAGAUCUUGGUAAAUAUGGACUGAUGUAUUACAAUGCUUUGUUCAUGAUAGUCCCCGCAGCAAUUAUUGCGUGGGCUACUGGAGACCUACACAAGUCAAGUGAGUACCCAAACUGGUCUGACUCAUUAUUCCUUACACAGUUCCUGAUGUCUUGUGUGAUGGGCUUCAUUCUGUCAUACAGUGUCAUGCUUUGCACUCAGUACAACAGUGCACUAACCACCACAAUCAUUGGGUGUCUGAAGAAUAUUCUAGUUACAUAUUUGGGGAUGGUAAUAGGAGGAGACUAUGUGUUUUCCUUGUUAAACUUUGUAGGGCUGAACAUCAGUGUGCUGGCUAGCUUGUUGUACACCUAUGUCACAUUCAAGCGCAAGCCUUCUCCUUCUUACAUGCUUGUACCUACUCCUAAAGUGGACACCGUAUAG